AUGUCACUCAAUUGGGCUAUUCUUGGUGCAGGGAACAUCUCAGGACUGUUUGUCCAUGACUUGUGCUUGAACAACGAAAGAAAUGAAAAGGUCAAGCAUAUCGUGAAAAGUAUCGGUUCUUCAUCAAAAUCGAGAGGUGAAGAGUUCAUAAAAAAAAACAAAAUAACCACCGAAAAUAACCACGGAGUAACCCCACAAGUCCAGCUGUACGACGAGUUGUACGCAAACCCAGAUGUGGACAUUAUAUACAUUGGAACUCCACAUCCUUUGCAUAAGGAACAAGUGACCAAAGGCUUGAAUCAUGGCAAACACAUUCUUUGUGAGAAGCCUUUCACCCUCAAUGCCAAAGAUGCUCAGGAAUUGAUCGACUUGGCCAAAGAGAAAAACUUGUAUUUGUUGGAGGGAGUAUGGACCCGGUUUUUUCCAUCGAUUGCGAAACUCAAAGAGCUCAUUUUUGAAAAAAAAGCAUUGGGAGAUAUCAAUCGGCUUGUUAUGGACUUUUCCUUCGAUGCGGAUUUGGCAAAUUUACCAGAAACCUCGAGAAUUAGAAGCAAUGAGCUCGGAGGUGGAGCUCUUUUGGAUAUUGGUGUGUAUAAUCUCACUUAUACCAGAAUCUUAUUGGAUAAUAAACUUGGCAAAAAUGCUACCAAAUUCGAUUUGAAAUCGUUCCAAACCAUCGAUCCAAAAGAUAAAGUCGACUUCACUUCGUCUAUGCUUGUCAAAUACGAAAAUGGUAAACAGGCCGUGCUUACAUGCUCAAACCAUGUGCCAAGACCUGAACCAUACUUGCGCCUCGAUGGCACAAAGGGAUACUUGGAAAUGUUCAGCGAGAACCCUGCGUGUCCCAAAAAGUUCAAAGUGACAUUUAAAGACGGAAAUGAUCCGAUCGAAUAUGAAGAUACAAGUGGCUACAAAGGUUUUAUUUACGAGGCCAAUGCAUGUUUUGAAGACAUUACUAACGGUCGCAUUGAGAGUGACGUCAUGCCCCAUGACGAAACUAUGCUUGUUAUGAAUAUCAUGGAUGACAUAAGAAAGGAAAGCGGACUUCGGUACGCUCCCGAUGAUUGGUAA